GUUUCUCCCUGCGCCUUUGGGAGGAUUCGUCGCGAGCCCUGGGACUCGCUCUCUGGCUGCUUCUCUCCGUUUGUUUUGGGAGAUAACUCGUUUUGCUCCGGCCCGCGUCCCCUGACCCCUUCCCAUCGGAUGUUCUAGAUGACUGAAUGGAGUUUUGAGUUGGACUUCGGUGUCCCGGACGGAGUUGGGCCUGAUCCCAGAGCACUGGGGGUGGGGUGGAGGUGUUACUGUAAAAUGCAAGUUGGAUAAGGGAGGACCUCUCGCCAAGGGCCCCAAUGAGUGGCACACAGUCUACUAUCACCGACAGGUUUCCCCUAAAAAAACCUAUAAGGCAUGGAAGUAUUUUGAACCGAGAGUCACCAACAGAUAAGAAGCAGAAAGUUGAUCGCAUCGCAUCACAUGAUUUUGACCCCACAGAUAGCUCCUCCAAGAAGAAAAAGUCUAGUUCAGAGGAGAGUAGAUCCGAGAUAUAUGGUCUUGUUCAGCGUUGUGUAAUCAUCCAGAAAGAUGACAAUGGAUUUGGGCUGACGGUCAGUGGAGACAAUCCAGUCUUCGUACAGUCUGUCAAAGAAGAUGGAGCAGCCAUGCGGGCUGGAGUACAGACAGGUGAUCGAAUCAUCAAGGUGAAUGGAACUCUGGUGACUCAUUCAAACCAUUUGGAGGUGGUGAAGCUAAUCAAAUCUGGUUCCUAUGUAGCUCUCACUGUUCAGGGACGCCCACCUGGGUCGCCCCAGAUUCCACUUGCUGAUUCUGAAGUAGAGCCAUCAGUCAUUGGACAUAUGUCUCCCAUCAUGACAUCCCCUCAUUCACCUGGAGCAUCUGGGAAUAUGGAGAGAAUCACUAGUCCUGUGCUCAUGGGGGAGGAAAACAAUGUGGUUCACAACCAGAAAGUAGAAAUUCUGAGAAAAAUGUUACAGAAAGAACAGGAACGGCUGCAGUUAUUGCAGGAAGAUUACAACCGAACACCUGCCCAAAGAUUGCUAAAAGAGAUCCAAGAGGCCAAGAAACACAUUCCUCAGCUGCAAGAGCAGUUAUCCAAAGCCACAGGCUCUGCUCAGGAUGGAGCUGUAGUCACACCCUCCAGGCCUCCAGGUGACACCCCAACAGUCAAUGAGGCAGAAGUAGAUCCUGGAGAUGGACUGGGCAGGACUGACUGUUGCUGUGCAGAUGCUUCUCGGCCCAGUAGUGACAAUGCAGAUAGUCCCAAGAGUAGCCUGAAAGAGAGGAUUUAUCUAGAAGAAAAUCCAGAAAAAAGUGAAACAAUUCAGGACACUGACACUCAAUCUCUUGUCGGAAGUCCUUCAACCCGUGUGGCACCUCAUAUUAUUGGAGCAGAGGAUGAUGAUUUUGGUACCGAACAUGAACAGAUCAAUGGGCAGUGUAGCUGUUUCCAGAGCAUUGAACUGCUAAAAUCUCGCCCGGCUCACUUGGCUGUUUUUUUACAUCAUGUAGUUUCACAGUUUGACCCUGCAACCUUGCUAUGUUAUCUCUAUUCAGACCUAUAUAAACAGACCAAUUCCAAGGAAACUCGUCGCAUCUUCCUUGAGUUUCAUCAGUUUUUCCUAGAUCGAUCAGCACACCUGAAAGUUUCUGUUCCUGAUGAAAUAUCUCUAGAUCUAGAAAAGAGAAGACCUGAGCUUAUUCCUGAGGAUCUACAUCGCCACUAUAUCCAAACUAUGCAAGAACGAGUACAUCCAGAAGUUCAAAGGCACUUAGAAGAUUUUCGGCAGAAACGUAGUAUGGGACUGACCUUGGCUGAAAGUGAACUGACUAAACUUGAUGCAGAGCGAGACAAGGACCGGGUAACUUUGGAGAAGGAGCGGGCAUGUGCAGAGCAGAUUGUUGCCAAAAUUGAAGAAGUGUUAAUUACUGCUCAGGCUGUAGAAGAAGAUAAGAGUUCCACAAUGCAGUAUGUUAUUCUCAUGUACAUGAAGCAUUUGGGAGUAAAAGUGAAAGAACCUCGAAAUUUGGAGCACAAGCGGGGUCGAAUUGGAUUUCUUCCAAAAAUCAAGCAAAGUAUGAAGAAAGAUAGAGAAGGCGAAGAAAAAGGGAAGCGAAGAGGAUUCCCCAGUAUCCUGGGACCCCCACGGAGACCAAGCCGUCAUGACAACAGUGCAAUUGGCAGAGCCAUGGAACUGCAGAAGCCACGCCACCCUAAGCACUUAUCCACACCCUCAUCUGUGAGUCCUGAACCUCAGGACCCUGCUAAGUUACGCCAGAGUGGGCUAGCAAACGAAGGGACAGACAUUGGAUACCUGCCUGUCAAUUCCACAUCCUCUGUAGCUUCAGGGGCCACUUCUUCCCAGGAAGGAGGGAAAGAAAAUGAUACAGGAUCAAAGCAAGUUGGAGAAACCCCAACAUCUGGGGACUCCUUAGAUGGCACACCUCGUACUCUGAAUACUGUCUUUGACUUCCCACCCCCUCCAUUAGACCAAGUGCAGGAGGAGGAAUGUGAAGUAGAAAGGUUGACUGAACAUGGGACACCAAAGCCUUUUCGAAAGUUUGACAGUGUAGCUUUUGGAGAAAGUCAAAGUGAAGAUGAACAAUUUGAAAAUGACUUAGAGACAGAUCCACCCAACUGGCAGCAGCUUGUUAGUCGAGAAGUGUUAUUGGGACUAAAACCUUGUGAAAUCAAAAGACAAGAGGUGAUUAAUGAAUUGUUUUAUACUGAAAGAGCUCAUGUUCGAACACUGAAGGUUCUUGAUCAAGUGUUCUAUCAGCGAGUAUCCAGAGAAGGAAUUCUGUCACCUUCAGAACUACGGAAGAUUUUUUCAAACUUGGAAGAUAUUCUUCAGCUUCACAUUGGGUUGAAUGAGCAAAUGAAGGCUAUUCGAAAGAGAAAUGAGACCUCUGUUAUUGAUCAGAUUGGGGAAGAUUUGCUGACCUGGUUCAGUGGACCAGGAGAGGAAAAGUUGAAACAUGCUGCUGCUACCUUCUGCAGUAACCAGCCUUUCGCCCUGGAAAUGAUCAAGUCUCGUCAGAAAAAGGAUUCUCGGUUUCAAACUUUUGUGCAAGAUGCUGAGAGUAAUCCGCUGUGUCGUCGUCUUCAACUGAAGGAUAUCAUCCCCACCCAAAUGCAAAGACUUACUAAGUAUCCACUUCUGUUGGAUAAUAUUGCCAAAUACACAGCAGGUGGUGCUAUCUCAGCUGCUCGCCCCAGAGGGGGUGGGGCCGGACAGGGACAGCAGAGGCUGAAGAUGGCAAGAUGGCUGCCUGCCUCAGGGCAGACGGCAGGAGACUUACGCUGGGCAGGACGUCUCCGUCGCAGGAGAGGUAGCAGCGAUCCCAGCAGAUCUUCCCUGAAGGGGCUUCAAGGACUGAAGUUGUGA